AUUGUGAAAUCGACCAGUAUCUUAAAGUACGAGUACAGAAGAUUCAAUUCAGCCGAAUUGAGUGCUGCCAGUGGGCGCGAAAUCGUGGGGCGGUUCAGCAGUGUAGACAAAUAGCUGUGCUCUAGCGAGGGGUAAAUAUCCGCGAAAAAAACCCCGUGAGGCGUCGUGAUGAGUGUCGAUGCUUACGACGGAACGACUGGUUCCCAAUCGCUGACCUUUGUCGAUACGGAGGAGAACUUCUUCGUCGGAGCCGAUUCACAGGGUACCGAGUAUGACUUUCGCGACUUUACGAUACCUUCGCAAAGUCAAACCCAAGCCUCGCAGCUCGAAUUCGGACGGCGUAUUGGCGCUGAUCCGACGAAGUUGUCCGGCAUUACUUCGGCCAUCGGAGAGCUGCAGUUUGAGGAGGAUGAGGAUGAGCUGGACCCAGUGGAGAAUAAGGAUCUUCCUCCACAUGCGUGUCGUUACUGUGGUAUACACGAGCCUAGUACUGUGGUGAUGUGUAAUAUCUGCAAAAAAUGGUUCUGUAACGGACGCGGAAGCACGUCCGGAUCACACAUUGUGAAUCAUCUCGUACGGGCCAAACAUCGGGAAGUCACGCUGCACGCGGACGGUCCCCUAGGCGAGACAGUCCUGGAGUGUUAUUCUUGCGCCGUUCGGAACGUGUUUGUGCUCGGAUUCAUUCCCGCCAAAAGCGACUCGGUCGUUGUGCUGUUGUGCAGACAACCAUGUGCCGCACAGAAUUCCAUCAAGGACAUGAACUGGGACCAGGAACAAUGGAAACCACUGAUCGCAGAUCGUUGUUUCCUGUUUUGGUUGGUAAAGAUCCCAACCGAGCAGGAUCAGUUGCGUGCGCGCAAAGUGUCCGCGGCUCAAAUUAACAAGCUGGAAGAGCUGUGGAAAGAAAACGUUGACGCAACGUUCCAGGAUCUGGAGAAGCCAGGCAUCGACAAGGAACCACAACAGGUGCAGUUGCGUUACGUCGAUGGGUAUCAGUAUCAAAAUACGUUCGGACCACUAGUGAAGCUGGAAGCGGAUUAUGAUGAAAAAUUAAAGGAAAGUCAAACGCAGGAGAACAUUGAAAUUCGAUGGGAUACGGGCCUUAACAAGAAAACGAUCGCUUAUUUCACGCUGGCGAAGAAUGACGGAGAUAUGAAGCUGAUGCACGGGGAUGAACUGAAGCUGCGCUACGUCGGAGAGCUGCACAAGCCGUGGAGUUGCAUUGGACAUGUGAUUAAGGUGCCGGACAACUAUGGUGACGAUGUUGGCUUAGAGCUGAAACACAACCAUCAGGCACCGAUAGAGCGCACCAGUAACUUCUCGGUAGAUUUCAUCUGGAAAGGCACGUCGUUCGAACGGAUGCAACAAGCAUUGCGCAAGUUUGCGAUGGAUGCCAAAAGCGUUUCGAAUUACAUUUACACCCGAUUGCUUGGAAAUGUUCGGGCCGAUGGUGCUGAGGAAGUGCUGUUUAGGUUGAAUUUGCCCAAACACUUCAGUGCCCCCAAUCUCCCCGAUCUUAACCGGUCUCAGGUGUAUGCGGUUCGGCACGCACUGCAACGUCCAUUGAGCCUGAUCCAAGGUCCGCCCGGAACUGGAAAGACAGUCACCUCGGCCACAAUUGUGUACCAACUGGCGCGUCUUAACAGUGGACCAAUCUUAGUGUGCGCUCCGAGCAACACUGCGGUCGAUCAGCUGACGGAAAAAAUACACCGUACCAAUCUGAAGGUAGUGCGUGUGUGUGCACGGUCGCGCGAAGCGAUCGACUCGCCGGUCAGCUUUCUGGCGUUGCACAAUCAAAUCCGCAAUAUGGCACAAAACUCGGAAUUGAAAAAAUUGCAGCAAUUAAAGGAUGAAACUGGUGAACUGAGUCUUUCGGAUGAACGCCGUUAUCGGUCGUUGAAAAAGCAAUCAGAACGUGAACUGUUGGAAGCGGCCGAUGUCAUUUGCUGUACCUGCGUAGGAGCGGGUGAUCUUCGUUUGCAGCGCAUCAAGUUCAAUUCCAUCUUGAUUGACGAAUCGAUGCAGUCAACCGAGCCAGAGUGUAUGGUACCGGUGGUGUUGGGAGCCAAACAGCUCAUCCUGGUUGGUGAUCACUGUCAGCUGGGUCCGGUAGUGAUGUGUAAGAAGGCGGCUAAGGCAGGUUUGUCGCAAAGUCUGUUCGAACGGUUGGUGGCUCUUGGCAUUCGUCCCUUUAGGCUUGAGGUGCAGUACAGAAUGCAUCCGGAGCUCUCACAGUUUCCGUCGAACUUCUUCUACGAGGGCAGUCUUCAAAACGGUGUAUGUGCGGAUGAGCGCAAGCUUAAAGUUGAUUUCCCAUGGCCCUCGCUGGAGUGUCCGAUGUUUUUCCUCGUCACUCAGGGACAGGAAGAAAUCGCAGGAUCAGGUACAUCAUACCUUAACCGCACGGAGGCAUCCAAUGUGGAAAAAAUAACUACUCGAUUCCUGAAGGCUGGCAUAAAGCCGGAACAAAUCGGUAUCAUUACGCCGUACGAAGGACAGCGAGCGUACCUGGUUCAGUACAUGCAGUAUCAAGGCUCAUUGCACUCGAAGCUGUACCAGGAAAUUGAAAUAGCCAGCGUGGAUGCUUUUCAAGGUCGAGAGAAGGAUAUCAUUAUCAUGUCCUGUGUACGUGCGAAUGAACACCAGGGUAUAGGGUUUCUGAACGAUCCACGCCGGUUGAACGUUGCGCUGACUCGUGCCAAAUAUGGUAUCAUUAUUGUCGGCAAUCCAAAGGUGCUUGCCAAACAGGAGCUUUGGAACCAUCUACUGAACUUCUACAAGGACAAAAAGGUGCUGGUGGAAGGAUCGCUCAACAAUCUGAAGGAAUCGAUGAUUCAGUUCACCAAACCGAAAAAGAUUAUCAAUACACUGAACCCCGGGUCACAUUUCAUGACCAACGCCAUGUAUGACGCCAAGGAGGUCCUGGGCGGUAGUUAUUUCGAUCGUAAUCCUGGUCCUACAUCAAGUUAUGCACACAAUCCGCUCGCAGGAUACGGUAACACAAAUACCUAUCACCAGCCGGGUGGAUUUAUGGAGAUGACCAACCAUGGCAGCAGUAACAGCGCCAGCGCCAAUACACCGCUUGAUGCGUUCAUGCGCAAAGUUCACGAUCCGAUCGGUUACAUUUCACCCCAACGUUCACAUCCCGCCGUUAGCAAUAUGCCGGUCCCGGUGGGAAUGUUCAUCAAUAUGUCGAACGCCCCAUCACGUUUUUAUCAACAGCAACAGGCAGCAGCAAUUCAAGCGGCCAAACAAACGCGUCGCCCAGUGGUAGGAAAAACUGCUAGCCAAUUGCUAGCUUCCGGUGCGGGGUCAAGCUCCGGUGCUAAACCGAGUCGCCCGCGUCCAAUAGGGCCACCUAGUAGCAGCCACAAUACCCACGGGAUAAACAGUGCAGGUGCUUCGCUUACCCAGGGCAUGUCGCAGAAUAUGUCCCAACCUGGCUUCAGUCUGUCGCAGCAACCAGAAUUUUCCCAGGACUAUAUGGGUGACUAUCAGUCGCAAAUGGACAACAUACUAUCGCAAGAAUCAAACUAUCACAGCCAAUCUGGACCGGGUGAUCGUUUGGCGUUCGAACUGGCAAAUAGUUCCCAAUUCUCCCAACCGUACUGAUAAUGGAGCGAAUGGCAGAAAAGGAAAAAAGCUGGAAUGCUAAAGACGAUGCAAAAGGCUAUCAUCCAACAUAAACGACACACGGUGAACAAUAACAGAUGGAAGCACGAUUUUAUCGAGCGAGCAAAAUCAUGCAAAGGCUAACCUGAGGCUUACGACAGACCCCGUAAAAGCAUCAAUUGAGAGAGGGAGAAGGUACGAACCGCCCGCUGGCCCCGGAUUACAUCCAUUAGGUGACGCCACUAUCCGAGAACCGAAAUGAGUACAAUUUCGCGCCGAAUGGCCAGUGGGGCAUUAACGGUGGACACCUCGAUGGCGACCGUCAGACGUUGGGUUGACAAUGCUGCGAAAGUGUCGAAUCGCCCAGCUACCCACCUCUCUCUUUAGCCAGGGAAGCGGAAAGGAGAGGGAUGCCGAUAUUAGCUCUAUAGUUUUGCUGAAACGAAAGACUUUGGCGCAGGAAACGUAGCUAAUGCUCUGGCCGCUUCGGCCAGUACCGAAGGCAGUGAGCAGUAAAACAUCUCGAACACAACAACAACUGUCUGUUGUCCAUAAGGUAGCUCUCAUGUUGCUGCUAACGAAACUUAUCAUUGUUCGUUGGUAGCAACAGAUAGCUCCUAUACAGAAUUGCCUCAUUGAAGGUUUGGCUGAAAUAUUUUUUUUCUGAGGUGCCGCUUCCGUGGCUCUUAAUUACUUUGAACGGACGAUGUUCUUUAACUUCAUUUAGAUGCAAUUAAGAAAAAAACUCCUGUCCAUGCAUCAGUAAAUGAUUGCUUUCAAUUUCUGCAAUCGUACAUGCAAACAUUGGUACAAGAAUUUGACCACUAGCAAACUAGAUAUUGCCGGGGUAUUAGUUUCCGAUUGUGCGCCGUCUUUACGACAGCAAAAGAGGCUACUACACGAUGACGGUACACCCGUCCAAGUGUUGCAGAGCGUUGCAAAAUAAACACGUUCCUCAUUUCAGUUAUCAUUGGUUCAGCAGGAGAUUUACUUUUCGGUUCUUUCGGUUUAGUAUGG